AUGCCCCCCAAAGCCACUGCUAGAGCAUCAGAACGAGAGGAAGCACGCAGAAAAAAAGAAGCCGCGGACAAAGACAAGCUGGCUUGGCGGGCUAUUGUGGUCGCACCACCCGGAACCCCGCACGAACCCCCGCCGACCCCGCCAGCCCUCCAACUCCGCCUCGAACGCUGCUUCGCUACCGCAGAGCCCCUCGACACCGAGGGCAAGAUGUUCUUGCAGAGUUUGGCAACAAGCGCGGCACCCUGUGGUCACAGCCACAUACACCACCCACAUCCACGACCCGAGGCGGAAACUCUGGACUGGUUCACGCCCGCCGCGGCUUGGCAACGGUUAGCCGAAGAUGUUGGUGGCCCUAUCAAGGGCAGUCGCAUGGUGGAGUGGUUGUCUCACUUGGUUGAAAAGGUUGGGAUUUUGCGUUGUUCUUCGCAGACGCUACGCAGCAAGCAGAUGGCCUGCGACGCCGACCUGAAAACAUUCCCCGGCAACUUCAUCGACGAGAUUGUUUUGGGCCUGGAUGGUGCUCGACGCUCGUGGUUCUUUAUCAAGUCCCAGAGCUCGACCUACGUCGCGGCCAGCGCCGGCAUUUGCUUGACGUACAGCUUUGGUGCCAACGCGCCACAGUUUCCAAUCGCUCGUGGGCCCGAGCCUGAGCCCAUCCCCCAGUGUUCUGGAGCGUCGUUCCAGGGGACAGGCGUGGGCUACUUGCUGGUGAGCCUGAUGACCGACCUGGUGGAGAUGGGGUUGCUCGAGGAGAAGAGCAUCGGCAAGGGCGUGGUCAUUUCGUUGGGUGGUUUCGCGGGCACCAGGGGCCUCGACUUCGUGGCCGACAUGUCACGUAGCUUCCCGGACGCACCCGUGAUGGCCCUGGGCGACGCAAACGUCCAUGGCCUCAACAUCAUGGUCAGCGUCAAGUACGGUAGCCGCACUGCGCCCUAUCGGGCUGAUGGAGCUGCCACCCCGCGCUUGAUCCGGCUGGGCAUUUUCCUGAGAGAUCUGUUCAGUUACUUCGACAUGAGCCCAGCUCACUGUGCGAGUCUGGACACGGGUGACAUCAACACGGCCACGGCGUUGGGCUUGGACCAGCGCCUGGAAGCAUCAUGGGCGGCGGAUGCGCGCAUGUUCAGAGGCCUGAAGGGCAAGUGCGACACGGAGAAUGUGGCGGGCGGACGACAGGCGGUGUACAGGUAUACCAUCCAGAAGAUGGUCAAUGUGAUGAAUUAG